ACAAAUUAGGUAGAUAAUUGAAUUAUUAGGCGGGUAAUCAUUCCGAAUUGAACCACUGAGAAUUUUCAAAAUUAAACCUUGACUGAAUCUGGAUCAGUAUUUAUUUCAUCACUAGUAUCAUUAACAUUAUAUACUAACCUCCCCACACGGCAUAAUGAGUGAUACUAUUGAAAUUGAAAAUCACCAGAAGGCAGUUGAUAAUUCUUUACUCAGAAAGGCUAAAGAUAUAGCUGCUGGAUUUAUAGGAGGGGCCACACAAGUAUUAAUUGGUCAACCAGCAGAUUUAGUUAAAAUCAGAUUACAAACUUCUAAUGAAACAUCAUCAGUAUCAAUUAUAAAGCAUGUUAUUAAGAAUGAAGGAUUAUUAGCAUUUUAUAAGGGAACCUUACCACCAUUAUUUGGAGUUGGAGUAUGUGUAUCCUUACAAUUCUAUGGAUUUCAUGAAGCCAGGCGACAACUUUUAACCUAUAACAAUACUAAAGAUCUUAAUCUUUGGCCACAAACUUAUAUUGCUGGGGCAGUUGCAGGGAUUGUAAAUACGCCUGUGGCAGGACCAAUUGAACAAUUACGUAUUUUAAGUCAAUCAAAUACAUCUACUCAAAAGAAUGCUUUACUUGAUACAGUUAAAACUAUUUAUCAAAAGGAAGGAGUUAAAAAUGGGAUAUUCCGUGGUUUUAGUAUCACAUUAUUAAGAGAAAUUCAAGCUUAUGGAGUAUGGUUUUUAACUUAUGAGACUUUAAUUCAACAAGUAAUAGAUUUACAACAUUAUAAGUCUAGAGAUCAAAUAAGUACACCUGAAUUAUUGAUCAGUGGAGCCUUAGCUGGAAAUGCUCUUUGGUUAUCAUCAUAUCCAAUUGAUGUAAUUAAAUCCAAUAUUCAAAGUGAUAAAUUUGGAUCUGAAAGUAAAUUUAAUGGACAAAUUCUUAAGGCAACUAAAUAUAUAUAUAGAAAUCAUGGAUGGAAAGGAUUCUGGAGAGGUAUUGUUCCAUGUUUAUUAAGAGCUGUACCAUGUAGUGCUGGUACAUUUGCCAGUGUUGAACUUGCGUUAAGAUUAAUGGGUUAGUUAUAAUAAAAAUCAUUAUAUUUAGACUCUCAUAAUUGAUCUUAUAUAUAGAUAUAGAUAUAUAUAUAUUCUUAUAGACUUGAAUAUAUCAGUACAACU